AUGAGCCUAGCGGUGCCGCCUCCUUUCCUUUCCUCUUCCGGACGACCUGUUAUCCCGUGGAAACAGUGGCGGCGAGUGUUCCCAAAUUACCUGCUGGUUUCGGGGGGAGGCGCCCAUGGACCUGCUCGGCGGAAGGCCAGAUUUCUACAUUGCUUCGGUGUCGAAGCACACCGAGUCUUCACACUUCCGGCGACUCACCCUCCGGUACCACUGAAGGUACCAACUGCAGGCGCGAAGACACCGACUACGCCGGAGGAGUACAAUGUCGCUUUGGCGGCCCUAGAGACCAACUUCGCGGCAGCUUCCAACGCGGUCGUGGAACGGUACCGCUUCAGGCAAGGAGCGCAGCUACCGGGGGAGCCCGUCGAAGUACUUCUGACCGAGCUGCGAUACCUGUCAACGGACGGCGAGUUCGCACUCUUGAUGGCCGAGUUCAUCCGAGAUCAGCUGGUGGCGAAGACUACGAGGCAGCAGUUACGAGAGCGUCUAUUCCUGGAAGGUAGUGGUCUGACCUGA